AUGGCAUUUAACAAGGUACUCAAUCUCUUAUCUGAUACCCCCAAAAAAGGUGACGAUUUUAAAAGAGCGUUAGCGUAUAGGGAAGUUUAUACAACAGAAAAAUCGCGAAUUAAAUUGUUGGGAUGUCUCACGAGCAAUUCAAAAGAACAAUGGGAUUGA